AGGAGAGGGAGGAGCAAAGAGUAGUUGUGACAAGUGGCGUGUGUGCAGACUUGGCUGCUGUUGAUGAAGCAGACUGAACUUAAAGGAGAGACACAAACUAAAGUAUCGAUACAGUCACAUCAGUGUGGAUCUGAUACCAGCGUCUGUAUCGCUUCUAUCGAUGCUUGUAUCGAUCCGCUCAGCCCCAGUUGAGGCAACAAUGAGUUCAGUUCAGUAUCUGAGAGAGUUCAUCAAGGAGAGAAUAACUGCUGUUUGUGAAGAAAUCUUCUCAGAGGUUCAAAAAACCAUCGUCCAGUAUGAGGAGGAGACCAACCGUCAGCACAGACUGCUGGAUAUCAGCCGGAAACCCGACAGAAACUCACACAUCAUAGACCUCCCACAACAACAUGACUGUGAGGAAGAGGAGGGUCUGGAUGAGCAGCAGGUCUGUAACCAGGAGAGGAACUCCAGUCUGGACCAGGAGGACCCAGAGCCUCCACAGAUUACAGAGGAACAGGAGGAACUCUGCAGCAGUCAGGAGGGAGAGCAGCUUGGACUGAAGCAGGAGGCUGAAGGCAUUAUUGUCUGGACUGAUGAAGAGCAGCUCAGACUGCUGGAGACCAUCUGGAAAUCUGAGAUAAAGUUACACAGAAUAGAUGUCCUACAGCAGCAUGCUUUUGAGGAAGAGAAGGUUCUUACAGACCGGGAGGUCUGUAACCAGGACAGGAACUCCAGUCUGGACCAGGAGGACCCAGAGCCUCCACAGAUUAAAGAGAAACAGGAGAAACUCUGCAACAGUCAGGAGGGAGAGCAGCUUGGACUGAAGCAGGAGGCUGAUACUUUGAUGGUGACACCUGCUUAUGAGGAAAGUUCCCACAGUGAGCAGCUCCUUCCUCACAGCUCUCCUGAAGCAGAGAGCCGAGAUCAUGAAGAAAAUGGGCAUGUGGACUCAGGAUCUAUGAGAAAUGCAGAGCUGAAGAAGAGAUGUCACAGGAAGAGAAGACACAGUCAGAAAGCAGACAAUAGUCCUGUGUCUGCGAGUCAAAGUAGAACACACACAAAGAACAAACCUGUACAAUAUGACAUGUGUGGAAAACCGUAUUCUUGUAGCACCUUUGGGAAAGGAUUUGCUUACUUAUCAGUGUUCAAAAAACACACGAGAAUUCACACAGGUGAGAAACCAUAUUCUUGUAACACCUGUGGGAAAAAAUUUGCUGACUCAUCAGGGUUCAUAAACCACACGAGAAUUCACACAGGUGAGAAGCCAUAUUCUUGUAGCACCUGUGGGAAAAGAUUUAUUACCUCGUCAGCGUUAAAAAAACACGCGUAUUCACACAGGUGAGAAACCAUAUUCUUGUAGGAUCUGUGGGAAAAGAUUUGCUGACUCAUCAGCGUUCUUCAAACACACGAGAAUUCACACUGUUCAAAGCUGCUAUAAGUGUAAGCAGUAUUCUUGUUGGAUCUGUGUGGAAAGGUUUGUCGAUAGGAUACAAUUAAAGAAGCACUUGAGAAUUCAUACUGGUUAAAAUGUUCCUACUUAUAAAAUGUGGGACAGCUGUGAGUCAUCGCUGAACACUUGAGUGAAAAGAUGAUCCAUAUUUAAGUCAGUAUUUUUUUUGUCCAGAGCAAUAAAGAACUCAGCAUUGUU